AAAGUUUCGAUCUUUUUCGUCUUCAAAGCUUGAUGCAAAAGAAUGGCGACCAAAGUAGCCGCAACAGCUUCUGCAUUUCUCUCUCGCACUAACGAAUUGAGUAAUCUUCAACAAGCAUGUAUUCGGAUUCUCUCCUUUUGCGAAUCGAAUUCAUCGCGCAUUGGUUUACACAUCCACUGCCCUGUAAUCAAGUUUGGUCUUUUAGAGAAUCUCGACUUAUGCAACAAUCUUUUGAGUCUUUACUUAAAAACCGAUGGUAUAUGGAAUGCACGUAAGUUGUUCGAUGAAAUGCCGCAAAGAACUGUUUUUGCAUGGACAGUUAUGAUCUCUGCUUUUACCAAGAGUCAAGAGUUUGCGUCAGCGCUUUCGUUGUUUGAGGAAAUGAUGGCUUCGGAAACACACCCGAAUGAAUUCACAUUUUCCUCGGUGAUAAGAUCUUGUGCUGGUUUAAGAGAUCUUAAUUACGGAGGUCGAGUUCAUGGUUCUGUUUUGAAGACUGGGUUCGAGGGAAACUCCGUUGUUGGAAGCAUCUUGACUGAUUUUUAUUCUAAGUGUGGGAAGCUUAAGAAAGCUCGUGAACUGUUUAGUUCUCUUCAGAACGCGGAUACCAUCUCGUGGACGAUGAUGAUAUCUUCUCUAGUGGGAGCUCGUAAAUGGAGUGAAGCGUUGCGGUUUUACUCUGAGAUGAUUAAAGCUGGUGUUCCUCCUAACGAGGUCACAUUUGUUAAGCUUUUAGGUACCUCUUCCUUUCUCGGUUUGGAGUUUGGUAAAACGAUUCAUAGCAACAUAAUUGUCCGGGGAAUUCCGCUGAAUGUGGUAUUGAAGACAUCUCUCGUUGAUUUCUACUCGCAGUUUUCUAAAAUGGAAGAUGCUGUGAGGGUGUUGAAUUCGACUGGAGAACAAGAUGUGUUUCUUUGGACGUCUGUGGUAUCAGGGUUUGUAAGGAACUUGAGAGCCAAGGAAGCUGUUGGAACGUUUCUUGCUAUGCGAAGUUUGGGUUUGCAACCAAAUAACUUCACAUACUCUGCAAUCUUGAGCUUGUGUUCUGCUGUUCGUUCGCUGGAUUUAGGCAAACAGAUUCACUCACAGAUAAUGAAGGUUGGCUUCGAGGACAGCACUGAUGUCGGAAAUGCACUUGUAUAUAUGUAUAUGAAGUGUUCGGCAUCAGAAGUAGAAGCUUCGAGAGUCUUUGGAGCAAUGAUUUCACCAAACGUCAUCUCUUGGACAACGUUAAUCUUAGGUCUUGUUGAUCAUGGGUUCGAGCAAGAUUGUUUUGGACUGUUGAUGGAGAUGGUAAAACGAGAUGUAGAACCCAAUGUUGUUACUCUAUCUGGUAUUCUCCGAGCCUGUAGCAAAUUGAAAUAUGUAAGGCGGGUAUUAGAGAUUCAUGGAUAUCUACUCAGAAGACACGUAGAUGGUGAAAUGAUAGUAGGGAAUUCACUUGUCGAUGCUUAUGCCAGCUCGGGUAAGGUGGAUUAUGCCUGGAAUGUGACUAGGUCGAUGGACAGGAGGGAUAAUAUCACAUACACGAGCUUGGUAACAAGAUUUAAUGAGUUGGGCAAGCAUGAAAUGGCACUGAAUGUCAUCAAUCAUAUGUAUGGUGAUGGAAUCAGAAUGGAUCUGUUAAGCUUACCCGGGUUUAUCUCAGCUUCAGCCAACUUGGGCGCUCAUGAAACUGGGAAACAUCUUCAUUGUUACUCCGUGAAAUCCGGGUUUUCUGGUGCGGUUUCGGUUUUAAAUAGUCUUGUUGACAUGUACAGUAAAUGUGGUAGCUUGGAAGAUGCAAAGAAAGUUUUUGAAGAAAUAGCUACGCCUGAUGUGGUUUCUUGGAACGGGUUGGUAUCUGGUUUGGCAUCAAACGGUUGUAUUUCAUCUGCUCUAUCUGCAUUUGAGGAGAUGAGGAUGAAAGGAACCGAGCCCGAUUCAGUAACGUUCCUGAUAUUGCUCUCUGCUUGUAGUAAUGGAAGAUUGACGGAGAUGGGUCUUGAGUAUUUCCAUUCAAUGAAAAAGAUUCAUAACAUUGAGCCACAGAUAGAGCACUAUGUUCAUCUAGUUGAUAUCUUAGGUCGUGCUGGACGGCUAGAGGAAGCAACAGAAGUUGUAGAGACAAUGCAUUUAAAACCAAAUGCUAUGAUCUUCAAAACAUUGUUGAGAGCUUGUAGAUACCAUGGAAAUCUGUCUUUAGGAGAAGAUAUGGCUAACAAAGGCUUAGCACUUGCACCAUCUGAUCCAGCUUUCUAAAUUCUCUUGGCUGACUUAUAUGACGAAUCUGGAAAACCAGAGUUGGCCCAAAAGACUCGAAAUUUGAUGAGUGAGAAGGGUUUGAGUAAGAAGCUAAGCAAGAGCACUGUGGAGGUUCAAGGAAAAGUUCACAGCUUUGUCGGUGAGGACGUUACUACAGUGGAGAAAACGAAUAGGAUUUACGCAGAGAUAGAAUCGAUAAAGGAAGAGAUCAAAAAGUUUGGUUCUCCAUACCGAGGUAAUGAAAACGCAAGCUUUCA